AUGGGUUUGUCCCCAUUACAAAAGUGCACCGCCGCUAUUCGCAUAUUAGCAUAUGGUACUUCUGCUGAUAUUGUUGAUGAAUACAUCAAAAUAGGUGAGAGCACAGCUAUAGAAUGUGUAUUCAGAUUUUGUCGUGCAGUUAUUGAUGCAUUUGGAGGGUUGUACCUAAGAAGGCCUACUAAUGCUGAUGUCCAACGAUUGCUUCAGAUGCACGAGGAGUAUCAUGGAUCAAACAAUGACCUUAAUGUACUGAGUAGAUCAAAUUUGUUUCAAGAAAAAUUACAAGUAAAUGCUCCAGAGGUAGAUUUCACUGUGAAUGGUAGUCAAUAUACUAUGGGAUACUACCUUACGGAUGGCAUAUAUCCUGAGUGGGCUGCAUUUGUCAAAAGCUUCCCACAUCCCCAAGAUCCCAAGCGUUUAUGUUUUAAGCGGAAGCAUGAAAGCGCAAGAAAAGAUGUCGAGCGAGCAUUUGGAGUACUCCAAGCUCGUUUUGCGAUAGUAAAAGGACCUGUGAGAUGUUGGCAUAAAAGUAAAAUCCACGACAUUAUGGAAACUUGUAUCAUUUUGCAUAAUAUGAUUGUUGAAGACGAGCGACACACAUACUCGAGGAACUUUCAAGACAACAAAUUUGUUCCACAAGUUGUUGGUGAUAUCCAACAAGGGCAUGUUCCGGACUUCCAAGCAUAUCUUGCAACAGAUGCAACAAUCCGAGACAGAAAUAUGCAUCAUCAGCUCAAGGCGGAUUUGGUGGAGCACAUUUGGACACGUUUUGGAAGCAAAGACCUAAAUUGA